AAUGUCUAUAGGAGAGCUCAGAAAAACUGAAUUCGCAUUCCCAUACUGAUGUGAAAACUUGCUACAAGCAGCCAUCGCUAUAUCUGACACGAUGCAAAACACGCUAUAAAUACCAUAGCUUUUUAUCUUGCAAUACUGCUUUGUUAGUUGGCAAACAGAAAAAGUCUUAACUGUCUGUUGUGUGGCCUCGUUUAAACCAAUAUCAGAUCAGUUAUGGCCACUUACUCUGUCCAUCUUCGUCUUCUUUUCUUGCUUCUCGCUCUUUCAGGUGUCCAAGUCCUUGGUGCUGGGCUUGGAAUUAACUAUGGACAGAUUGCCGACAACCUCCCAUCUCCCUCUCGUGUUUCCGCGAUGCUUCAAUCCCUCGACGUCAGCAGGUUAAAACUCUAUGAUGCCGAUCCGAAAGUCCUGCAGGCCUUUUCUAAUUCAAGUGUUGAAUUCAUUGUUGGGAUUGGGAACGAGUACCUCCAAGACAUGGCUGAUCCUGUCAAAGCUCAAAACUGGGUUCAACAGCAUCUUCAACCCUACCUCGCUCAAACCAAAAUCACUUGCAUAUCUGUCGGGAACGAGGUUUUCAUGAGCAAUGAUACUCAGAUGUGGUCAAAUCUCCUUCCGGCAAUGAAGAUGGUGCAUAACACUCUUGUUAAUCUUGGAUUAGAUAAACAAGUGAUUGUCACUACUGCACAUCCCUUUACCAUCAUAGGAAAUUCCUACCCUCCUUCAUCCGGGACUUUCCGGCAAGAUAUUAUCGAAUACAUGCAUGCGAUCUUGGAUUUUCAUUCUCAAACCAAGUCACCAUUCCUUAUCAACGCAUAUCCCUUUUUUGCAUACAAGGAUAGCCCAGACCAAAUACCUCUAGAUUAUGUCCUUUUCCAGCCUAACGAAGGGAUGACAGAUCCAAACACAAAUCUGCAUUAUGAUAAUAUGUUGUACGCUCAAGUAGAUGCUGUGUAUUCAGCAAUUAAAGCAGUCGGACAUACAGAUGUUGAAGUUAAGAUCUCAGAGACAGGUUGGCCAUCCAAGGGGGAUCCUACCGAGGUUGGAUCAACACUACAAAACGCAGAGCUAUAUCAUAGUAAUCUGUUGAAGAGAAUUCAGCAGAAGCAAGGCACACCAGCAAAACCAUCCGUGCCGAUUGACAUAUAUGUUUUUGCACUCUUUAACGAGAAUUUAAAGCCCGGUCCGACAUCUGAAAGGAACUACGGGCUCUUUUAUCCCGACGGUACUCCAGUUUUUAACAUGGGAUUGCAGGGCAAUCCUCCUGGAAUAACUUAUUCCUCGGCAUCCAAUAUAAAUGCAUUGUCUACCUUCAGCUUGGUGAUAUCUGUUCUAGCAUACUUGAUCCAUGCUUAGGCUACCCAAAUUCCAGUGAACGAUGGAGAGAUAAACAACCAAAGUCUAACACCACAAAUCGCAUAGCCACAGGAAGAUUUUUUCUAGGUGAGAUACUGAGUUCAUUUUAAUUGAAACAGUGACCAUCUCAAGCUCUGAAUUGUUCAUUCCAGAAAUUGAAUUCAACUAAAGUUGGCCUGCUCAUUACCUAACCUGGUUAGGUUCAGAUCAAAUUGGUUGGCUUUUGAUACUGUAUAUGGUUUUGCUUAGAAUAGUCUGCAAAUCACAUGGUUGAGAUUUCUGAAUCAUCCUAGCAACUUUUUUUCCCCUUAGGAUCUGUAAGAUAGAACCCAUCUGAUGUUGCCUACUUUGUGCAUGCACCGAGUGGGGAUGCUUUGACAUAUAGUGUCUGCGGUUUUGAAAUCUACUUUUGAUGUUGAAAAAAAAUACAAUAUGUUGUAAUGAGCAGCCAUCAAUCCUCCUUCUCUCUAAUAAUGCAUGUGAAUCUUUCCUUGAGCAAAAUUCUUGCCUUCUUCAACUAGACAAAAGUCCAAACUUGCUUCUAUCAGGAAAAGAACCUGCUAGGGCCGGGCGGCUUUCGGCAGCAGUUUUUCAAUAUCUUCUUUAUUGUUUAUUUUUUCUGAAUGCUCCAAAAUGGAUACCUCACCAUUUUUGUCUUGACUUUGAGCUCCAUCUCUAAAGACGGCUACCUAUUUGUCUACACCUUUAUUAUCUCUAUCGUAAAGGAGAAUUUAUCGCAUCAGCCAUAGUUGUAUCGUUCUCCCAUGUCUAUUUCAAGUGAACAUCAGUAGGCUUAACAUUGCUGUCUGGUUAGCUUUUUGAUAUUUCAUGAAUACCAAAGGAUGGUCCGGUCCAAAGUUCUUCUAGCAUCAUAGCUGUAGUAGCUUCCAACACGUCUAGGUAUUCAAGAAUUCAAGUCCAAGACACUUUCCCCGCCCAAUAGUUCUAUUUGGGAAAAGCUAAGAACAAACGACUCUUUAGGUUUCUUAUAGCAGUUUUUAUUCCUCAGCCAGCCUUGUGGCUUCGAGUGAAAGAUUAACAUUUAACCCUUUUGUUGAAUGAAAAUUAUUAUUCAUAUUCAACAUGUGUAACAUCAAUUGAUACUUGAGCAUAAAGUAGGCAGGUGGCUAUCAACAUCACGGACAACCUGCUUUCACACAGAUACUUCUCGUUGCGUCAGAAAUGGCCCAAACAAGGAUAAGAUUUACAUACAAGCGAUUCCACUUGGCCAUUCGAUAGAGUGACUAGCUAUCUACUACCAUGAUAUUUGAUUCUCAGUCGCUACAUAAUCAAGUAUUUAAUGAGCUACCUUUACAUAACCUGAAAAAGUGGCUGCAUCAAUCUCUCUAUGGUCCCAAUUGCUUUGUUAGAUAUUCUUGUUUGGCUCUUAGAGACCAUGUAGUGUUGAAAUGUCAAGGAAAAACAGUGACCAAGUUGUGCUAGCAGUUGGCUUACACAAGCUGUGACAUCCACAUCAUGUCACCUCGCCGGCCUUUUUGUGUGUUGGGGAGCUGCUGCCGAUUAAUUAUGAUGUUCACAGCAUUUAACUAUAAGCUGCUACCAAUUAAUUAUGAUGUUCACAGCUUUUAACUAUAAUCAAACUUCUGGUGUUUUGUGA